UUGCUCCCAAGAAGAUAGAGACGGAGAGCGCUUUCCCGCACGCAUGCGCAGUGGCUGAUGUAGACACACACACUCUUCUCCGCUGUUCAGUGCUGCUGGGGCUGGCGGUGGGGCUGGUCCACGCAUUGGCGCCGUCACGUGUUUUGCUCCUCGGAGUGAGACGGAGCGUCGUCUGCUGCUGCUGCUCCUUCUGGAGGGGGCUGGACUCUUAAACACGCACUCUCUCCCUCACACUCGCUCACUCACACAUACACAGAGCCGCUUGUUUUGGUUUGGGAGCGCGCACAGGCGGAGGAGAGAGAGGGCUGAGCGGCUUCCCUUCAUGAGGACGAGGAAGAGGAGGCACCGGCGCUGCUGCUGCUGCUGCAAGGCGAAGGCCCUCUGCGCCUCCUGCUGCCGCCUCUUUUCCCCUCAGAGACUGGAAUGAAGAAGAGGAAGAGAAAAGUGGACGAAGACGCAGAAGAUGUGCCUCCCCCUCGGCGUCCUCCUCCUCCUCCUCCUCAGUCUGCACUCCUCCUAUCCGCCUCCUUCUCCGUUCCCCCCUUCGCUCGCCCCUGCUGCUGUGUCUUCUCCUGCUGCAGCCUCUGCUUUCCUCCUCCUCUUCCUUUGGGGAAAAGAGCACUUUCCCUUCUUCCUAACCAGACGGGACUGAAUGGGGUCGACCAUCGUUUCCUCCACGAACUGAAGAAGAAGCCGCUCUGAAAUAAUUUUUGGGAUAUUGCUGUGCUUUAUUUUGGAUUCUUUCCUUCCUCCCUCCCUCCCUCCCUCCAAGAAGGAUUUGGAUUUUUAAUUUUAUUGAGUCUUGGUGCUAUUGGACUGACUGCCUGGUUCCAUUAUUAUUAUUAUUAUUAUUAUUAUUAUUAUUAUUAUUAUUAUUCAAUUUUGCCACUUGUUUGGUCUUGUUUGGUGCUGUUGGGACUACUUGGGAUUGUUUUCAUUUUUCAUUAUUAUUGCUAUUUUUUUUGGUUACCUGCGUUCAAGUUAAAGACUUCUUUCUGUUUUAUUUUUGCAAAACAAACUCUCUGGACCUCCUUCUUUCCCUCCCUCCUUCCCAAGAGGAUAUUGGAUCCUAAAUUGGUUCCUUUCUGAAGGGUAACUUGAGAAGAAGGGGGCUGUUUGUUUGGGAGAGAGAGAGAGGCAACUGGGGGAAACCCUGAUGGCUCCCUUCGCGAGAGGAAUUUCCACUCCUGUUUGGAUGAAAGGAUGCCCUGCUCUCUUUGCUCCCAGGCUGCUGCUUCUUGUACCAGGCUUUCCAGGGGACUUCUGAAAGCCACGUUUCUCCCCAGAAGGUUGAUUUGGAAGUAAAACACAAAAACAAACCAGCAGCAUCUAACUCGGCAGAGGCUCCGAACAGCUGUUUUCUGCUUCACCACUCUUCUCUCCUCCCUUCCCAUUUUGGAGCUUUUUUAUUGGUUUAUUUUGUUAUUGUUGUUAUUGCUGUUCUUGUUAGAUUGCUGCUGCUGCAUGAAUGGUAUUUUGGACUGCUGCAUUCAUUCGCCUUCUCUGCUGAUUUGGAAGCUGCCCUUUGCCAUUGGAGCCGCAGUGCUGCCUGCCUGCUUCCAGCAUGGCAAGCCCCACCGAUCCUCAUCACCACAGCGAGGGCUUCUUCUCCGAUGUCAGGAAGGUGGGUUACUUGCGCAAACCCAAGAGCAUGCACAAGCGUUUCUUCGUGCUGAGGGCAGCCAGUGAGUUGGGGCCUGCCCGCCUGGAAUAUUAUGAGAAUGAAAAGAAAUGGAGACACAAAUCAGGGGCCCCAAAGCGUUCGAUCCCUCUGGAGAGCUGCUUCAACAUCAACAAGAGGGCAGACUCCAAAAACAAGCAUUUGGUGGCUCUCUACACCAAGGACGAGCACUUUGCCAUUGCUGCUGACAGUGAGCCUGAACAGGAGAGUUGGUACCAGGCGCUGCUGCAACUGCACAACCGAGCCAAGAGCCACCAUCACCAGCAUCAUCACCAUCACCACUACCAUGGGGAUGUUACCGUGGGGGGUGGGAAUAUUGGAAUGGGAGAGGCAGGAGAGGAUAGCUAUGGUGACAUGGCUCCUGGCCCAGCGUUCAAAGAAGUUUGGCAAGUGAUCUUGAAACCCAAAGGUCUGGGCCAGACUAAGAACCUGAUUGGCAUCUACCGCUUGUGCCUAACCAACAAAACCAUCAGUUUUGUCAAGUUGAACUCUGACGCGGCAGCGGUGGUGCUGCAGCUGCUUAACAUCCGGCGGUGUGGCCACUCUGAGAACUUUUUCUUCAUUGAGGUGGGGCGCUCUGCAGUCACUGGACCAGGUGAGUUCUGGAUGCAGGUAGAUGACUCAGUGGUAGCACAGAAUAUGCAUGAGACCAUCUUGGAGGCUAUGCGGGCAAUGAGUGAAGAGUUCCGACCUCGUAGCAAAAGCCAGUCUUCUUCUAAUUGCUCCAAUCCUAUUUCUGUGCCUCUCCGGAGCAGGCAUCAUGUCAACAACCCACCACCCAGUCAGGUGGGGCUCAGCCGUAGGUCUAGGACAGAAAGUGUGACUGCUACCUCCCCUGCUGGCAGUGGAGUGGGAGGUGGGGCAGGGGGAAAGCCCAAUUCUUUCCGUGUCCGAGCAUCCAGUGAUGGAGAAGGCACAAUGUCAAGGCCAGCAUCAGUGGAUGGAAGUCCAGUGAGUCCUAGUGCGAAUCGGACCCACUCACAUAGGCACCGCGGCAGCUCCAGACUUCAUCCUCCUCUCAACCACAGUCGCUCCAUCCCAAUGCCUUCCUCACGUUGCUCUCCUUCUGCCACAAGCCCCGUCAGCCUCUCAUCCAGCAGUACCAGUGGUCAUGGCUCCACUUCAGACUGCCUGUUUCCACGUCGGUCCAGUGCUUCAGUCUCAGGCUCCCCCAGUGAUGGGGGCUUCAUCUCCUCUGAUGAGUAUGGAUCAAGUCCUUGUGACUUCCGCAGCUCUUUCCGAAGUGUAACCCCUGAUUCCCUGGGACACACACCACCGGCCAGGGGAGAUGAGGAUCUUAACAACUAUAUAUGCAUGGGAGGGAAAGCUGUCUCUUCCUGCUGCAGCAUCACUGCUCCUAAUGGGCAAUUUGCCCCACGCCCUUGCCACCCUCAGCAGCAAAAACCCUAUACUCCUUGCUGUCCCCGGCUUGGCAGUGAGGAUGUGGGUGAUGUGGAGAAAGGUUUCAGGAAACGGACACAUUCAGCUGGCACUUCCCCUACCAUCUCCCACCAGAAGACCCCCUCGCAGUCUUCAGUAGCUUCCAUUGAAGAAUAUACUGAGAUGCUCCCCUCAUAUUCCUGUGGUGGUAGCAGGCUCCCUUCUUUUCGACAUUCUGCUUUUGUGCCAACCCAUUCUUACCCUGAAGAGUGUAUAGAAAUGCACCAAAUGGAGGGUAACCACCACCGGACCAACUCUACCCCACACACUGAUGAUGGCUACAUGCCAAUGUUGCCAGGAGUUGCUCCUUUGCCUAAUGGUGGAAAUACUUCCAAAGGUGGUGAUUAUAUGCCCAUGAGUCCCAAGAGUGUGUCUGCCCCACAGCAGAUCAUCAACCCUGGAAGAGGAGGCCGCCAUGUCCAAGCCAUGGUGGACUCCAAUGGCUACAUGAUGAUGUCUCCAAGUGGCAGUUGUUCUCCAGAUAGUGGUCCCAGUGGUUACAGCAAACUCUGGCUGAAUGGGACAAGUCAUCACCCCAAACUUUCGGUGGAGAGCAAUGAGGGGAAGCUGCCAACUGGUGGCAGUGAUUACAUUAACAUGUCUCCAGCCAGUGGCUCUGCUACCAGCACCCCUCCAGAUUGCUUCUUCACUGGCUCAGGAACUCCAGGCCCAGAAGAACCAUCAGUGCAGGGUCCCACCCAGUCCCACCACAAGCCCAUUUAUUCCUACUUCUCCCUGCCACGCUCCUUCAAGCACAUGCAACGUAGGACCGGUGAAGAGGCAAAUACUCAGAUGCGCCUGUCCUUCAGUUCUGGCCGCUUGCUGUAUGCUGCUGCUGAGGACUCUUCCUCAUCCACUAGUAGUGAUAGCCUUGGUGGCCCUGGGGGACAGGAGGGUGUUGGGUAUUCUGUUCUUACACAGCCAUUACAGCAGCCUGCUCCUUCUUGUCCUGUGGACACAGCAACGCUGGCCAAGAGCCGUUUGGCUAGACCUACCCGUCUGUCCUUGGAUGGCACAAAGGCCAGCACUUUGCCUCGUGCUAGGGAACAGCUCCCGGAGCCCAAAAGCCCUGGUGAGUAUGUGAACAUUGAAUUCAAGCAGCCGCCCUUCCCAUCACCUCUGCCUCAUGGAGAUACUGGCUCCAGUUCUGAGGAGUAUAUGAAUAUGGACUGGAGGACUGCCUGCCCAGCCAGCUUAGCACCAGGGCAGGCAAGCCAGGGAGGGGUGGGCCACAUUGGUGGCCGAGACUAUAGGAGCAUGCAAUUGGGCAGCGGAGGGCACUAUGUGGUUUGUGCCCAUACCCCCUCUCCUUCUCCUCCAGCUGUUCUGCUCAGUUAUGCUGAUAUGAGGAUGGGUCGUGGUAGGCCAGAGAAAAGCACACCUCCUAUGGGGCUGCCCUCCCCUCAUCCUCAGGCCCAGCCAGGGGAUUUGGCUUCAGUCUUGCCCCACUCCUGUUCUUCAUCCAUGAUUGGGGGCCCAGGAAUGACCAGCGCCUUUACACAUGUCAGCCUCAGCCCUAGCCACAGCACCCAGAGUGCCAAAGUGAUCCGUGCUGACCCCCAGGGAGGCCGGCGACGCCAUAGUUCUGAGACUUUUGUUUCCUCCACCACCCCUAGUGGUGGCCUGGGGGCCCCAGCUGUACCCCAUGGUCCUGGAGGGGGGCCUGAUGAUGUGAAGCGCCACAGCUCAGCUUCUUUUGAAAAUGUCUGGCUGAAGCCCAUAUCUGGAGAGCUGGGAUCUUCCUCUGGCCACCGUAUGGCAAUCAGGAGGGAGCAGAUAGCUGGCGGGACUGGAGGAGGUACUGAAAAUGGCCUCAAUUACAUUGACUUGGACUUAGUGAAGGAUUUUAAUCGCCACCAACAUCCUCAUCCUCAGGAGAGCACUUCCCUGCUAGGGGUCAAGCAGCCAACGCAGCAGCAACAGCAGCACCAGCCACCUAAAUCUCCAAAUCAGCCUUGUGGGAGUAGCCACUUGAGUGAUGAAUUAAGUGCAUAUGCCAGCAUUAGCUUCCACAAGCGGGAGGACACCCAGUAGCUGGGCAGGAGCCAGAGACAAGAAUGAUGACCUACACAACCUCAGAAAAAAAAUCCUUCUUUGAACUCAUGGGUAUCCAGACUGUUUUGUGUAUCACAACUAGGACCUCACAUCUUCUUCCUCAGUAGAUGGGUACGAUGCCUCCAGUUCAAUUUGUUUACUUUACACAGACCUCAGGAGUUAGUUGACUGAACUGCACAUUUUUUUCUUCUUCAAUUUUUUGUGCCAAGCGAAAGCACUGUGACCCCUGGAUGACAAGUCUACAAUUACUUUCUCCUCCACCAUAAAGACUUAGUUGGCUACAGUGAACUCAAGUUCCCAUCCCGUAAUAACGGUGAACAUGGGUAUACUACUAGCUCAGAUGACACAGUUUUUAAGUUGCUGCUGAAAACCCUUUACGACAAAUCAUCAGUGUAAAUUAUUACAUACAAACUGUUAAUGUUGGUUGAAGAGUAUUAAAUAUUUAACAUAGGUUUUUGAUUUAUACAUGUACUUUUUUAAUUAAAAUGUAACUUUUCCUACAGCACAUCUUUUUUUGAUGUGGAACUGAGGUAUAUUAUAUUCUGUUGUAAACAGAGUGGGGUUAGGGUGGGGUAUGCUUAAAACAAGUUGAUUUAAGAAUAGAGUAGGGUACUAUUCUUUUUUAAGAUUGUAAGUCAGAAUAUAAUAUAAUAUGGAUCAAUGGCCCAUGGAUUGUACAGUCAUAUUUGCUGGCAUCGUAAUUUGUAAAAUAACCCUACAAUUGACAUGAAUUCUUUCAAAUAGAAAAUAAUAUUUUGUACUCUCCCUGUAAAACAUAAGGCUGUAUUAAUGAAAGGAAAACUUAACUGUGCAUGAUAUAUAGAAGUGUGAAUUUGAAACUGUUGGUUGCACAGAAACCUAAAAACCACGAGAAAAAUAAAUCUGAGUCUUCCAUUGUAUAUAUAUAUGUAUGUGUGUGUAUAUAUAUAUAUAUAUAUAUAUAUAUAUAUAUUGAAGAAAAAGAAAAACAACACAGGCAAACUCUUCAAAUUGAAAUAUCCCUGGAAUGAAAUAUGUCGGUGUUUGUAAAUUCUGGAAAUCUCUUUCUAUACUUAAUAAACUAGAUACUGUUUUAUCUUUA